CGAAAACUUGGUCAGUAGUAACUUUUGGUCCUUACUCGAAAUACGUGUGUGUUGUUAACCUCUUCGUUUCGUAUAGAAAAAUAUCAAAGCAAAAAUACACAAAAAAUACACAUUAAAGGUGGUGUUAGUGCUGCAUAGAGUUUUCACUUUAAGAAUCUACAAAAACACAACAACAGAAAAAUCCUUUAAGGAUUUUAUUUAUCCUUACAAAUAGAGCAAGGAUAUACCAAUUUCGGUUUUACCCUUACAACCAAACAAGAAUAAAAAAAAAGUAAUCACAACCCUUCUUCUUUUUCUUAGAAAUAAUCUUUUUUUGGUGUGAAGUUGGGAUAAAAUAUCCCCAGUGUUUGUUUAAGGACAUCCCACAAUCCUUUUGAAAAAAAAAAAAAUAAGAAAAUAAAUAAAUAAAAAAAAUAAUUAAGAAAUUCAGUGUGAUUUUGUGAUUUGUGUUGGAAGAAAAAGUUUACAAACGAAAAAGAAAGCAAAAAAAAAAAACUUCAAGGAUACCCAAGGAUUAUAUUAGCUUUGUUGGAUUAUCUUUCGUCUUUUAUCAUUGGAUAUCUCUCUAAAAAAAGGAUACUCAUUUGUAAAUGGUGAAUCCUUCAAACUUCAAUAACUCAGCUGGAAACGAGUAUAGAAGACAUAGUGACGUGUCAGAGAGAAUGCUCCAUCAAGUCACCCACUGAGCUCCUGACCAAUAUUUACAAACACACACACACAGCAACUCAAAAAACGAGCAGAGAAAGCUUAACAGAAACAAAACAAAAAAUCGAAGUGAAAUGAUCCACAUCCGGUGAGGUGAGCAAAAGGAAGGACACGCAUAUACCAACAACACACGAAACUAUCUGUAGGACAUAACCUGUAAGCAAGGCCAACGGAUUUUAACUCUUUUGGUUGCCGCUUUUACCCGACCACAAAGCGAGUGUAUGGGCAAAACCAAAACGGUUCAGGAUAAUUAUCACUAACCUACCAGCCACCACUACCAUCACUACCACCAUCAUCUAACCACUGCCCCAGAACUCUCACUGAAAUAAGGGAUCAAAGUGUAAUAAAGAAAUUCUCCAUUAAUUUUCCGUCGAUAUUUUUUCUGCCUCAAACCAAAGGACCAAAGGACCAAAAGAAUUGAAAAAGGCAAAGAGAAGGAGAGUGAGGAAAUAUAUACCAAAAAAGUGGUUCGUUCGCAUAUCGCUGUUGGCUGACAACUAUAAACUACACACACACAUAGUUUAUCAGGGACGACAAGCUGCAUCAGAGGUUGGUGGGGGCCAGUUUGGGCGCACGAGGAAAAGUGAAGAAAGGAAAAAGCCCAACAGCAGCGCGCACACGACCACAGUAAACAAUACAGCACGGAAACGUCCGAUUAAAUGUCUGCCGUGGAAUUAAAGACUCCAGUUUCUGUUAUGGAUUUUCGCCAAAGACAGGUAAGCAUCUCUAAUCCCAGCAGCAAAUAUCAUCCCAUCUUCGGAUACCCACAAACUCACAUGGUGCAGGCGGGUGUGGGCCCAUAUCCAGGUGCCCCAACAGGAUAUCCACCGGCACCAGCUAAUGUCGGAGCUGCUGAUAGCCUUUCGAUGGCAGUGGCUGCCGUCAAAGCUGAGCAGGCAUCACAAAUGAAGCCAGAUGGUGCACCGCCGCCUGUGUCAUCAGCUGCAGCAGCCGCACAGAUAUAUAUGCAGCAGAAAAAAGCAAGUCUGCAGCAACAGCAACAACAGCACCACCACCAGCAGCAGCAGCAGCAACAGCAGCAGCAACAACAGCAGCAACAGCAACAACAGCAGCAGCAGCAACAGCAGCAACAACAACAACAAUCAGUAUCACAGUAUAAUAGUUCCACAUCAGUUCUAGGAAUCCCUCCACAGCAGCAACAGCAAUUGAACAAUAUUGCUGCGACCUCAACAGUGCCAUCAUCGGCCCAGCCCACCACAUUAACUCUUCCACUUUCGGUUGCCAAUAGUAUUUCAAAUGGAAUUGAUUCCCAACAACAGCAACAAUCGUCCAAUGUGCAGCAGCAAUUGCAACAGCAACAGCAGCAGCAACAACAACAACAACAGCAGCAGCAGCAACAACAGCAUCAACCAUCUGUCAGCAUAUCAUCAGUAUUGAUUAAAACCGAACCAGAACUUAAUGCUGGACAAAAUAGCACCGCAGGUUCAGCUGGCGGUGGUGGCGGAGGAGGUGGUUCAACACCAAUUAGCAUAUCAGCAGCACAAGCAGCAGCAGCCGCUACGACGUCAUCUGUGGGCAGUACAAGUCUUGUAACUGGCAUCACUCUCGGCGUAAAUGCGGCGAUUUCCAGUGCAAAUAAUACAUCAUCGUCGGCGGGCGGCAGUGCCACACCCACGACAAAUGGCAUAGUCACCAGUGCAGCAGCUGGAGGUCUGCUCGACAUGAACAGUGCAAAUCAAUCAGCUGUCACCACACAGAUGAUCCUCAACAACACAAAUGCUGCCGCCGCUGCCAUGGCCGCUGCAGUCGCCGCAUCACAAAGCAGCAUCAGCAAUAUGUCAACAGUUACAACCAGCUCCCAACAGAUGGCUCCAUCUGUGGUAGCAAGCGGGAUGGGCGGUGGCGUUGGUACGGUGCCCGGAAGUUCGGCCACCACAUCGUCAGGACUCGAUACUGCCACAAUUGUGUCAUCCAUUGUCAGUGGUCUUCCAUCCAGUUUGCAGGCAAACAUCGCCGGCCCAACUGCCGUGUCCUCCAGUACCGUAGCAUCACAGACAACAUCACAGGUUAUAGCGUGCUUAAAUGCGGCUGCCAGUGGAAUUAUGACAUCCGCUGUACAGACAACACCCGCCGCAUCCUUGGCCUCAGCUCUAGUCCCCAUCGAUCACAAGAGUCAACCAAAGAGACUGCAUGUCUCGAAUAUUCCAUUCAGAUUUCGUGAUCCUGAUCUAAGAGCAAUGUUUGGGCAAUUUGGAACAAUACUUGAUGUAGAAAUUAUAUUCAAUGAGCGUGGCAGCAAGGGAUUCGGUUUUGUAACAUUCGCUAAUAGUAGCGAUGCGGAGAGAGCACGCGAACGUCUUCACGGCACUGUGGUUGAGGGACGCAAGAUUGAGGUCAACAAUGCAACAGCUCGUGUACAAACCAAAAAAGUGCCAACAGUUCCAAAUGAUCACCUCACAUCAGUUUGUCUAACAAAAGAAGGUGCCGUUGCGGCUCCAGCUCUAGGUGAGCAAAACAAACAACAAUAUUACUUUUGCGUACAGUGGCCAGAAGCUGCUGCAAUGCGUGGAGUUCCUAUUCAAAGACCAGGAGGUUCAAGAGCACUAUUCCCAACGCCGCCAAAUGCUUCUUCAGCUGCUAAUGCAGCUGCCGCAGCAUUUGCUGCAGCUACCGGAAGAUUACAAACGCCAAUGAAUGCUGCGGCAGCACAAGCAGCAGCUAAUGCUUUGCAUGGAUUCACUCCCAUGUACUAUGAUCCAUUCUUAGCCGCCGCCGCUGCAACAGCUGAUCCAAAUCUUCGCUUCCAGGCAGCCAAACCGGUCACGGAGGUACCCGCACAGCCAACAAUCUUAAAUCGCCGCACAGUGACAACGUUAAACAGUAAUCCACAUUCGAUCAACCGCAUCCAGGUUCCUCAAAAUGUUUUGGCAACAGCACCACUGUUAAAAACGCCUUUAUCACAGGCUCAACAGGCGUAUACAGCAGCAACCACAUAUACAGCGGUAGCAGCACGUGCGUAUAACGCUGCCGCUGCAGCAGCUGCAUCACAGCCCGCUUUGGCUGGCUAUGCCACAGUUGCGGGCUAUGCAAGAGAAUAUGCCGAUCCAUACUUGGGACAUGGAAUUGGACCAGUACCUGGAUAUGGGGCACAAAUGUAUCGUGGAGGAUACAAUCGUUUCACGCCAUAUUAAGCAUCACACUAAAAUAUCUAUCUAUCUAUAAAUCAACACACACUAAAAAAAAAAAUACUCAUCAUCUAUAACUAAAUACUCAGCAUAGAGAUCUAAGGACAACUCAUAUAAAUAUAUUUAAAUAUAUUUUGAAGAAGAAAAAAAUAAAAGUAAACUCUCACAAAAACACAAAAAUAUCCUUUUUCCAACACAAAACAAAAAAAUAUUACAAUAUUUCCCACAACACACACAAUUUACAAAAAAAAAAAAAAGAAAAGAGGAACAUUUUUGCCAUGACACA